GGAAGCCAAACAAGCUAAGCUCCAACAAAGCACUACUACACGAAUUGAACAGGUUUCCGUGCUAAUCUACCAGCAAGUUUCAUGGGUAACUUAUCCAAGAAAAUCGAAGUGGAAGGGGACUGAAAUUGUGUCAUAAGGGGCGCAAGCUAACUCUAUCGUUCAUGUUAAUUCCUGUAAUAUUUCGUCAUUGGGGAGUCGAAACUGGAACCUCCUGGAACAUGAAACUUUGGAAAAUGGAAAUGUCCAGCUGAGCUAGGAAUUAAUGGAAGUUAUAUAUAAUAAUAUUAAUAUUGUUAUACUACUUUUUCUUGCAUGAAGGUUUGUUCUAAAAGCUCUCCGCUUACUCAUGAUCAUGGUCUUCUUCUCUCUCAAAAUAAUGAUUUAAUCUUGCUCAGUCAGAAUCUAUUCACUUCUGAAGAAUAAAGUUCAUUUGUUCAUCUCCAAGUGGUAUUGGAAAUGGGGGCAUCAAACUCAAGGUUAGAUGAAGACAAGGCAUUGCAAUUGUGUCGAGAGAGGAAAAGGUUUGUUAAAGAAUCCUUAAAUGGGAGGUGUUCACUCGCAGCGGCUCAUGUUGCUUACAUUCAGUCCCUGAAAAAUAUUGCAGCUGCACUUGGGAGGUUUGUCGAACCCGAAGCUACACUUGAAUCCUCUCUGUAUACAUCCACAUCUGCAACUCCUGAACCACUUGCUUUGACAGAAAAGUCCAUUUCACAAAUUUCAUUUUCAUCUCCUUCUAUGUCCCAGAACAUUGACACAACUGAAUCAUUGUCACAGACUCCUUCUCCACACAAUUCUGGCCGGUUUCAGGCAGACUUUAUGAAAUCUGCUGUGAGUUCUUCUAUAACAAGUGAAGAGAGACCACCUGUUUCAGUAACAAGGAAUUUAAGUACUCCCACGGAUGCCACAUCUCAAACGAAUGAAAGGUUUGAAACCUCGUCAUCUGAUCAGCAUAUUCCUCCUACUCCACCUUGGGAUUUUUUCGGGCAUCACCCAAUUGACAGCCAAUUUUCUCUUCAAGAUGCGAGGGCAUUGAACCAUGGAUAUGACAAUGUUGAUGAUAUAAGAUGGUUUGGAGAAGAUGAAAGAAUUCCUGAUUUGGAGGAGGAAGAAGAAAAUGUUAAUUCUAAUGGCAGGAUGGAGGAUUCAGAUGAGUCCGAAAGCAUUGGUAAGCCUUCUACAGAGGAUUUUGUUCAAAGUUAUGAAAACUGCAGGGUAACACGUGAACACUCGACAGUAAGAAUGGCAUCAGAAGAAACUGAAAGUUUGAAUGGAGAGAAAAACAAGUCUCCUGAUUUGACACCGGUAAGAGGUGCAGUCCCGGUCGUUACACCUCCUACUUAUGAAAGGAGAACUGCUGAAAAAGAGUCAGGUUUCACAAAUAAGCCCACACCUAAAGAUUUCUUUUCCAGCACAAAAGAAAUUGAAUAUCUGUUUCUUAAAGCAUCUGAAUCUGGGAACGAAGUCCCGAGGAUGCUUGAAGCAAAUAAAGUCCAUUUUCGUCCGUUAUUACCCGGAAAAGAAGCUGGGGCAUCUAUGGCUUCUAUGCUUUUCAAUGCCUGCUUUUCAUGCGGUGAAGAUCCAACACAUGUUCUUACUGAAGAUGCCCCUCAAACUGAGAUAAAGUACUUAACUUGGCACAGGACCGCAUCAUCACGGUCAUCUUUAUCCAGGAACCUUAUCGACUCAACUUUAAAAGAUGAUCGCGAGGAUAGUGGAAAUCUUCUCAACAGUUUUUGUAUGAACUCGGGCAGUCAUGUCUCAACUUUAGAUCGGCUAUAUGCAUGGGAGAGAAAGCUGUAUGAUGAAGUCAAGGCUAGCGGGCUUAUUAGAAGUGAGUAUGAGAACAAGUGUAAACUGUUAAGAGAACAAGAUUCAAAGGGAGAAAGCCGGCAGAAGAUUGAUAAAACUCGUGCGGUUGUAAAGGAUCUGCACUCGAGAAUUAGAGUUGCGAUACACAGAAUCGACUCUAUAUCAAAGAGAAUUGAGGAAUUACGGGAUAAGGAGCUUCAGCCACAGCUCGAGGAGUUAAUUGAAGGGUUAAGUCGAAUGUGGGAAACAAUGUACGAAUGUCACAGACUUCAAUAUAACAUCAUCUCAACGGCAAAUAACAAUAGGAAUGCCAAAAUAACCAUACAUUCAGAGUUACGUCGCCAAGCUACUGGUCAUCUUCAACAUGAACUAACUUGCCUUUCUGCUAGCUUCACAAAAUGGAUCGGUGCUCAGAUAUCAUACGUUCGAUCCAUAGAUGGAUGGCUCCACAAAUGUGUCUCUCUUCCGCAGAAAGCUUCAAAGAAAAAAAGGAGAUGGAGAUCUAAUCCUGAGACACCAUUGAGAGAUCUAGGUCCACCCAUAUUUGUCACUUGUGGUGUCUGGUUGGAUAAACUUGAGGCCUUGCCUACAAAAGAAGUAGAGAACUCUGUAAAGGUGUUAGCAUCCGACACCACGCGUUUGUUGCCACGCCAGGAGGGUAAGAGUUUAAACCGCAGUUCCGCAUCUUUGAAACGUAGUAGUACUAGUGAUACAGGAGCUAGUAUCCUAAAAGAUUCAGCUCCAGAAGAUUGGAAUUCAGGUAUUGAUCGUUUCCGAUCGAGUUUGGUGGGGUUUCUUGAUCGGUUGCACUGCUUUGCAUUAUCCUCAGUGGGGAUGUAUUUAGAACUUGAGAAGGCCAUUGAGGAAGCUAAGGCCAGGAACGAAGCACAUUAAAAGCAAUUUGUAAUACCUUGUCUUCAGUUGCAUAAAUUUGAAAAUGAGAUUUGCUAUGUCACAGCAAGGGCGGGCUAAGCCUGGCUUGGAGAAAGUGUGCCGGAUACUGAAAAAUGUCUAAAUAGAUUUAAAUUUUGUAUAUUGGAAAAGGAACAAGAUGAAUGAUCUGUAGUCUACAGCUGUAAAGAUACCGGGGCUACGGAAAGAUGAUGUUCAAAGUGUGAUGAACUCGGGGCAAUAAGACUUGUACAUUAUAAUAUGUAAAAAUUAUCAUUUGCACUAUUCACUCUGGCUCUAGUACAACAGAUGAUUUUAAAGUUCAGUUUCUUA